AUGGCCGCCCUCGGACAGAGCGUCGUUGAUUUUGUGCAACGAUUCCAUAAGCUGCAACUCCAACACGAUACCAGCGACACGCUUAUUCGGCUCACGCCUCGGUUCUUGAAGGAUCUCCUCUUGUACUGCGAUCGGGUCGAAAGCAGUCUGCGUCUGCAAAACAAGAAGCUCUCGGACGAGUUGCAGGCGUGCAAGUUCAAUCUCACCGACAGCACGAACUCGAGACGAGACCUCCUGCACCAGCUGCAGACGCAGGAGACGCAGACCACCUGGCUGAUAGAAGAGAAUAAGAAUUUGAAGGAUCGCAAUUCAUACAUUUUGGUGAUGAUUGAUGGCGACGGCUUAAUUUUCCGGGAGCAAUGGACGCGUCAGGGCUUCGAAGGCGGCAAGAAGGCUGCACAGGCGCUCCGAGAAGCCAUCGCUGAGCAGUGCGGUGAGCGUGCAGACGACAUCGAAAUUGUGUGCAAGGUCGUGGCAAACAGGGCCGGCCUCGGCAAGACGCUGUCCCGCGCUGGCGGCCUGGAAAGCUGUGCUGAUAUCAGGGACUUUGCCGCCGGCUUCACGAACGCGUACGCCUCGUUUGAUUUUGUCGAUGUGGGCACCACCCCAGGUGCCGCGAGCUCCAAGCUGAAAGAUAACACGCGCUGGCAUUUGCAAAAUCAAAACUGCAAGCACAUUUUGCUGGGAAUAUCGCACGACCCGUCAUAUGCUCCGUUUGUAAGCGAGAUCCUCGAGGACGAGACUACACGCGAAUGCAUCACCGUCAUCGAGGGAGUUCCCGUGGCCCACGAAUUGGCCUCGACAGAGGUCAAGGUCAUGGAUCUUGGAAAGAACCUCUUCCGAUGUGAGACCCCCAACGGCAGCGCGUAUUCAGCCUGGGCGAACGGCGGCCCUCGCACGGCGAGCCCGGCCACGAGUGUCGGCUCGAGCAACCUCACGCCCGGCAGCAGCAUCAUGUCCUACGCCAACGUCACGUCCAGCGGCAGCCCGCCGCCCCAGAUCAACGUGGCUAUUGCGCCCAGGCCGUUUAGCGCCGUGACGCGCCCCAAGGUGCAGUAUCAGCAGAUCCCGCCGCAGCAGCCGGACUGGAAUCCUGGCGCCCGGGGCCUGGACGAGCCCAUCACGGUCAGUGUGACGGCGCUCGAGAACAUCAAGAAGCGCAAAGACCACGACAAGCUGUGCAACAACCACUUCCUGCGCGGACCCUGCACCAAGGGCGACUCGUGCAUGUUUGUCCACAACUACAAGCCCACGGCGGACGAGAUCAACGCCAUCGCCGUGCUCGCGCGGCAGAAUCCCUGCACCAGCGGCCAGGACUGCGAGCUGAAGGACUGCAUCUACGGACAUCAUUGCCCGAGCAUGAAGGAUGGCGUCUGCUGCCACCCAUUUUGCAAGUUUGCCGAGGACGCGCAUCCUCCCGGCACAAAGUAUAGGAACUCGCAUAUCCGAGCCAACAACUAG